AUGUCCGUCAAAAUGAACCUCUGGUCUCUCACCCUUAUCCCCGGGGAGAAGUACCCCAUCUACGUCCGACGAGACUUCCAAAUCACCAAUGUUGCCCUUGGUGAAGAGCUCGCUUCCGCCGAUGGUCGAUCGGUAAUCAAGGUCACCCACAACCCCAUUCCUGCCAAUGCUUUGGACAGUGAUUCCGAGUUUGAUUCUGAGGAAUACGAUUCAGAAUUCGACGAGGAGCUUGAUGAUGAAGAGGAGGAAGAAGAGGAGGAGAAGCCCAAAGCAGUCAAGGCCAAUGGUAUCAAGAAAGAGUCUGCUUCAAAAGCAGAGGACGACGAGGACAUGGAUGACGAUGAGGAGGAUUCCGAAGAUGAUGAUUUCAGCGAUAUUGACAUUGAGGAGACCAGUGUUAUCGCUGCUCUUACUGCCGGUCGAACUGAGCAAGCUACCGUUAACCUCACCUUUGUCGAGGGUGAUGUAGUCAUGUUCGAGACCACCGGUGACAACGCCGUUCACCUUCUCGGUAACUACAUCGACCAAUUCCCUGACUGGUCUUCCGACGAAGAGGACUCGGAAUUUUCAGGUGAUGAUGAUUACUCUGACAUCUACGGUUCUGAUGAGGAUCUUGAGCUUGACACCGACGAGGAAGAGGCUGUUGCCAGGAUCACCGAAAUUCCCGCUGAAAAAUCUGCCAAGAAAGCUCUUCCUGCUGCCGCGGCCAAGCCCAAGAAGGCUGCCGUUGCUGAGGUUAAACCCACUCAAAAGCGAAAGGCUGAGGAUAUCGAAUCUCCCGCCAAGGCUGCCGCCUCUGUCGAUGCCGAAGGCUUAAGCAAGAACCAAAAGAAGAAGCUGGCUAAGAAGGCUAAGACUGAGACUGCUCCUGUCGCUGAGAAGAAAGAGGAGAAGAAACCUUCAAAGAGAACUCUCCCUUCCGGUCUCAUUAUUGAGGAUAUCAAAGUCGGCGAUGGUCCCGUUGCCAAAACCGGGAAACGACUGGGAAUGAGAUACAUUGGUAAACUUACCACCGGAAAACAAUUCGACUCCAACACUGCCGGUAAACCAUUUUCUUUCCAACUUGGUAAAGGUGAAGUCAUCCGAGGUUGGGAUGAAGGCUUAGCUGGUAUGGCUGUUGGUGGAGAAAGAAGGUUAACCAUUCCCCCUCAGCUCGCCUACGGGAACCAGAAGAUUCCUGGUAUUCCCAAGAACUCCACUCUCAAAUUCGACGUCAAACUUGUAACCAUAAAUUAA